UGUAUGCCUAUACAUGCAAAAUAAAACUUUAAUUGAAUAUAAAUAUCCAAUUUGAGUUUUAUUUGCUAGAAUACCCUUUAUAGGAUAUGUGCAGUCGAUCCAAUUUACAGUGUAUAUGCUGCAAUCAGUUGCUUGGAGACGACCCGCUUUGCUCAGCCGGAGGGUUGUCUGGAUUUGUGUUGUGUGUGCGCAAAGUGCCUGUAGUGGGUGGCAACGGCGCCCGUUGCUGGAAGAUUGGCAGGCGCGACUGUGAGGCAGCUGCGUUGCCUAUGUUGAGGGCCACCUCUGAAGAGGAUGAGUGUGUGGCAGCGUCAUUUGGUGGAGCGUCGUUGCGACGAGCUGCAUCGUUGCGAAGAGCCUCGUAUCUGCGUCGGGCUGCUAUUCUGCGAAGGUUUUCGCUUGUGUUGCGUGUUGAAGCUGGAUAUUUUUUUCUGUUUGUAUGCCUUGACAGAACACACAUUAAUGAUCUCAUAUUCCCUUUAGUCUCAUUCAUAUUAGCUGUCAAUCAGCUAGAUGAAGAGGAAGAGAGAAAAUAGAGAUGCUCUUUAUUCAUACAAUACUUUGACAAUAGUAUUUUCUUAGAAUUAAAAUUGCGCCUAAAAGAUAUCUUUAAAGAAUAUACAUUCGGUCGAUAUUUUGCGAAACUAUGAUUAGUUUAAAUGGCCACAAGCGCAACAAAAGAUAGCAGUGCACCAUUGUGAUAUAUGUGUACGUAUAAAAGAGCAGAUCAGAAGUAGAUGACAUUGAUAUGCUUAAAUUGCUAGUUGUAAACUAAUGAGUUAAUAUAAUUAAAUUCAUUUUCAGCUGCAUCUAUGAGAUGCGCAGAUCAAUUAGCUGCCAUAAUGCCGCCAUUCAAUUCAAAGAGAAAAUUCAAGACAAAGUCUAGUCAUUUUCCCCAUAGGUUGUUUAAGCUAAAUAUAGUAUUAGUAGUAUAAGAGUAAUAUAAUUAAUAGUAAUAGUUGUUUUCCUUUCAAUAUUUGAUUUUCAAUGGGUUUUUCUUUUCAUUUUAGCAUAUUUAAUUUAGUUAAAAUUUAUUAGAUACAUCGCAAGUGCGAUCGUGAAAGUGAUAGUGCAUCACUGCGUUUAUAUGUCUAUCGAU